AUUUAAUAAUGUCGUCUUUAGACUUUUAUUAAAAUCGCUAGUGUCUUGUUUUUCGUCCCAGUUUUGCAUCUCCACUUCAGUAACAUUGGAAGAAGUUAACAAGUGUCAACACAGGAUCUUGACAUGAUUUUAUACGAUUUACAGAUAGAAGCCGGUGGGGGUGAAGGCCCGGGGCCCCCAAGCAACAACAACUCCGAUGGGGCAAUCGCCAGUCCCCCGAGAGAUGACAAUCACAAUGCGCAGUUGCCCUCUCCCAGAGCCACACCGCUUACACCUUCUGAAGCGUUAAAGGCAUUCGGCGAGCGCCUGACUGAUUGGGAGAGGAACGAGAUACGCAAGUAUCCAGAAAUAUGGUUUCUUGGUCUCGAGUCGAAUAAGAUUCAUGCGCGCUCAAAUCAGCCUAACAAUUGUGGAUUUGAUGAUGAGAAUGGCAGUUACAACAAGCAAAUUCACGAUCACAUAGCUUACCGCUAUGAAAUUCUGGAGGUGAUCGGAAAGGGAUCUUUUGGCCAGGUGAUAAGAGCGUUUGACCACCGCUCAGGGUCACAAGUUGCUAUUAAGAUUAUCAGGAAUAAGAAACGGUUUCAUCACCAGGCCCUUGUUGAGGUUCGAGUACUGGAUCACCUGCGACUUAAGGACAAGGAUCAAGCUCAUAACGUGAUCCAUAUGCUGGAUUACUUCUACUUCAGAAAUCAUUUAUGUAUCAGCUUUGAGCUUAUGAGUAUAAACCUGUACGAGUUGAUUAAGAAGAACAAUUACCAGGGCUUCAGUCUAAGUUUGAUUAGAAGAUUUGCCAGCUCGCUACUCCGCUGCUUAAGGCUACUGGAAGCUGAAAACAUUAUACAUUGCGACCUUAAACCAGAGAACAUACUCCUGAAAGCACGUGGCAGUUCCUCAAUCAAAGUGAUUGACUUUGGUAGCUCGUGCUACACACAUGCGAGAGUCUACACAUAUAUUCAGUCCAGGUUCUACCGCAGCCCGGAAGUCAUACUGGGACUUCAGUACGGGACGCCCAUUGAUAUGUGGAGUAUGGGAUGUAUCCUUGCGGAGCUUCAUACGGGAUAUCCCCUCUUCCCGGGUGAAAAUGAAGCGGAGCAACUAGCUUGCAUCAUGGAGCUGCUGGGUCCACCGCCACCAGACCUCCUAUUACACGCUACAAGGAAGAGAUUAUUUUUUGAUUCCAAAGGAUCACCGCGCAGUGUGACUAACUCAAAGGGUAGGAAACGUCGACCUGGGUCGAGGUCUCUGUCAACAGCUGUGCGUAGUGACGACCCAGCAUUCUUGCAUCUGCUCCACCGAUGUUUAGAAUGGGAUCCAAAACGACGCAUCACCCCAACCGAAGCUUCCCGACACGAAUUUGUUACUGGGUGUCCUCUGGGUGCUUCUUCAACCCUUCUUGCGUUACCACGGCUUCCACCGCCAAGACCUACUAGGAGUGCCCUUCUCCACUCCCAGUCAGCAGGGGACGUAGCAGCCAUGCUUGGACGGGCGUGACCAGGAGAUAGAAUGGCUUCCAGUGGCCUGCCGUAGACACGCAACAAUUAUAAUAAGGGCAACUGAACAAGCUUUUUUGUCCCGCAACAUUUAUUUAGUAAGAACAUGUUAUUCUUGGGUAUAAGAUAAACUUCUUCAAUGAUUGAUGUUAUAAUCACUACUCAGUCGUGCAUUUAUAAUUUAUGUUUACGAUGAGUGUAUGGAUAAAAUGCCGUUUCAAGAGUAUAUAAAAACGAAAAUAACAGCCAGAUAUGCUUCGAAACGAAUGUUUUUUAAACAUUGAAUUUGGCCGCUGCUUUUUUUAUGAAAAUGUAUUAUGGUACUCAUAGCAAUUGCUGACCCAGUAAGACCAUUAAUAGUCCGUUACUAAACGUACAGAAUCGUAAACAUCGCUUAGUAAAAUUCUUGGGAAUAAAAAUUAAUGAUUAAAUUAAGACUUCUAAACAUUACAAUGUAGCUAUUUAGUCUUCAAAACAUUUAAACUGUGAGUUAUUUGUGAUAGAAGUUUGUAGAAUAAGUGUAACGUGGCCUAUAUGUUGAGAGAUGACUGUCUAUAGAGUUUUGUAUCAAUGAUAGCAUAUCCCUAGAUGUUUAACGUUUAUACCUUCGUCAACAUAGAUAUAGUUAAUAGAAUUUGUUCUACGAGUACAAGAAACUUGUCUUUUAUAACAAAUAGUCUCGCAAAAUUGUGUUGGAUUUUUAAAUGCAAUUUUUAUUUCUUAACGUAACAACCCGUAUAAUAAUAGCCCUUAAUUCGAAAUCAAAAAUUGCCAAACGAUUCAUAAAUGAAAGACUCAGGUAAAGAGUGCUUGACUUUCUUAUGUAACGCAAGCUGUUUAAGACUUAUAAAACGUUUCUAAAUUAUCAUUAAUAAAAAUAAUUAAUUAAAAUUAAAGAUAAAAGAAUACCAAUUAAAACAACAUUUCAAUAUGUUAAUUCUCUCGUUUUUAGAUUGUAAAAAGCCGAGAGACUGUAUCUGAAAAGUGUUGUAACCAUAUUGUAAAUGUUACAUUCAAUCCUUACGCUAACAUCAGAUUAAUAUCAGCUAUUAUGUACAAAUAAUUAAAGUGAUUGUAACUAAAUUCGAAUAUACUAAGCGAUUUUAUAACGCAUGGUGGUACGCUCGUGAAGUUAAUAAGCAAUUAAACAACAAGUCCGACGGUCGGUAUACGCCGGCUAAAUUUAUAAUAUUCAAUUUAAAAGAUUUCGUUUGCGUUGACGUAAAACUACUAUGUGUUCCAAAUAUUCAUACCACCAAAUAUUUAUAAUUAUGGUUCAGUAGAUUUUAUUUAUGCCGAAAAUUUUAACCAGGGUCGUGACCCAAGCGCCACGCUCGUUUACCACCACAGCGGUGGUUGUAAACGUCAUAUAGACGUUAUAAAAUGACGUAACAAAGAUCAGGAUUAUCGGUCAUCUACAGGGCAGUCCAUCAGUUCCGCGCUAGUUAAAGUCCGAGCCAUUGCUAAACCUCGUCUUGUAUUACGUAAUAGUUUAAUACUAGAUCAAUCGAAUUAUGGUUCUUACAAUGAUUAUGAUGAUAUCUUAUUAUGAAUAUCAUAAAUUGCUGACUGUAGCAAAGAGUCCAAUGAAAAAAAAUUGUGUUUUGUUGACUUUGAACUGAUUGACAAAUGAAAAAAUUAAACAUUAGCAAAGUAUUGUUACUAAUCUAGUGUUUAGUUUUAACUUUUAGUUAUUGCUUGAAUAAUUGAAAAUAAAAGUUUUAAUUUGUAGAUUAUGUGCCAAAUGGAGACUGAUUUUAUUUAGUUAUAUUAAAUAGUACCAUCAUAUAAAAAUAUUACUUUGUGCUAGUCAUACUCACGACUCAUAUUUUAUAAACAACACGUAUUAUUUUAACAAUUGAAUCAGUAUCUGAAAAACUAAUUAGGUUUAAAAAUCUAAAACAAAUAUGUUGUGUAAUUUUCUCUUUAGAAUAUAGAUUGAAACAAAUAUUUGAAGUAUACGAUAAAAAGAAACCCCAAAAAUUAUAAAAAUACAUUUUGGUUCUAGUCAGGAUCAUUAGACGUAUCAAAGAUUAAUUUCACUGAAAUCGAAAGUGAUAAAUUAGAUUAUUUUACUUCUAAGCCCCAUUAGAUGUAGAAAAGUAGAGUUUUGUAAAUUAUAGAUAUGUUUAAUAUAGACUAAGUAUAGAAUUUCAUAUCUACCCGAGUCGACACAACUGUGUAAUGAUUUUCAAAAAACUAUGAAAAACUUGAAUGCGAUUAUCUGGGCACUUGCAUAGAGUAUAGAACGACCGGUGCGUUGUGUGUUUGUAACGACAAAGACAAAGAAUGAGUGAGUCAGUCACUCCGCUGUGAGUACGACACAAAAUGUGUAUUGCCGAAAUGGAAGAGUCGAAAAGAAAUACACUCAAAUUCUACAUCUAUGUUCUACUUUGAUGUUCAUUGUAAAAUAUAUGUUUUAUAUUCUGUCCACCAAAUUUAGUUGGGCUUUCACAGUUUAUUCUCUUUGACUAGAAAAAUACAAUUAUCUUUAAUUGUAAAUAUUUGAUAGUAUAGUAUGGUCAGAAUAUUUGUGUUUCCAUUUUUCAUUGAUGAGGAAAUCUGUGUAAAUAAAAGAAACUCUUUUGUCUUAAAACAAAAACGGAUCUAGGUUUAAACUAUAUGUUUAAUAUUUGUUAUAUAGCAUUUAGAUAAUAAAUUAGUUGUUGAGUUGAUGUUUAGUAUGGAGUACACGACAUACAAUAAUGUUCAUACAUAUAAUUUUUCCAUACACGUGUUUGUAACCAUGUUAAAAGAUGGUCAUGCGUUAAGAUUAUUAGCUGAGGAAUCAUUUCAAUCAUUUAAGCUAAACUAUUCAUUUAUUUAAUACUUUAUAUACACGUAUAAGUUGAACAACAAAUAAUAUUAAUGUCGUGUACACCUAUUUUGUAUAUUAAGGAAUGUUACUCAGACCGGGGCCAGCUGUGGCUACUUUCAAUUGCAAAAGGGAGCGGUUCUUAAGAAAUAUUAUAUCUCUAGGUUUAGGUAAAACAGAUUGCUUCUUAUAACAAGUAAUAAAUUAUUGCUUAAUAUAUUUGUGAAUAAUACUUAUGUGGCUUGUUUAUAUGGGCGUAAUUGCUGGGAGUAAUAAAAAUGUUAUUUGCUAUGUUGGUUGAGUCUAUUGUUAUUUUUAUGAAGGCUGUGCUUUGCCACAAGACAAUAAUAAGCUUUGCGCAUGAUAUAUGGUGGUUUGAGUAACAUUUCCAUAUAUGUCUGACUGGUGACUUAUAUGUACUUACAUUUAAUUAUUCAAAAUUUAAGAUGGACUCAAACUUAAACACAUAAUUUGCUUUUUUAAAUUUUAUUAAAAAAUAACAAUGUGUAAAUUAAUUCUGUGUUUAUUUAUGUUAAAGCAUGUAGGGGUCUAGGCUUCGAAUAUGAUUUUGUCCCCUUCGGUGUCGAGACCGUGGUCCGUGGGGUCCUAGCGGUAUAAAGCUUUUUAAGGACAUAGCAAAGGUUAGUCAACAUCACAGGACAUCGAAGAGCUGGCAGCUACCUCAAACAAAGAAUUAGACUAGCUAUUAAAAGGGGGAAUGCUGCCAAUAUCUUCGGAAUAAUAUAUUUUAGUUAUUAUAUUUUAGUUAUUAUAUUUUUAGGUCAGUUAUUGUUUUGUAUUAUAUAAAUUUAUGUAAUCAGGAUUAUGUUACCUUAAUCUUAAAGAUUAAUGUUAUAUUAAUUAUUUUAACCUAAGUAUGUAUUCUUAUCAGUCAAUUUUAAUUCGUGCUCCUUUACUUACAAUGAAUUAUGCGAACUAUGUUCAACUAUAAUGUUACAUUUAACUGGACACGAUAAAUAUAUAUAGUAACAUUCUUGACAAAAAUAUUACGUCGCUGAAUGUAAAGUGUAAAGCUUAUUUGAUAAAUUCUUUUUAAUUUAUUAAAACUACAGACAUUUGUUUAUUUUAAAUAUAGCCUCAUUUUAAUACUGUCCAAGUAAAAGUCACCCGUCAUAGAAAUAUAGUAGAUGUUAGGUAA